GGAGAGAGGCGGGUGUGGAGCCCGAGGACGCCGCCGAGCAGCACCGCCGUCGUGGAGGCUGAGCAGUGCCGCCGACGAACAGCGUCGGCGCCAUCACACCUGGGUUGGAGUCGCCGGACACGCAAAUCCGACACAGGUUCCACCGCUGCGAGGGGCCGCUAGCCGUCGACACAGCCAGAGCCGUCUCCGAUCGAGCCGGAGAUCGUCGUGAAAAAGCAGAGAGGUCGCCGCUCAGACCGCUACCAUCAUCGCCGAGAGCCGCCGUCUGCCGCUGUCGUGUGAACACGAUCGCCGCCGCGCCUGCCAUCGUUCGAUUAACAGACGCACGGAGCCGCCAGCGUCAUCAUCGCCGAUCGUCUCUAUCGUCUAACGGAGUCGCCUUCGAAUCGCGCCGUCGUCAAAGAAGACGCAUUUAACCGCCGAUAUGAAAGUUGAGUUAUGAACCACAUGAACAGGAAGCUCUGCAAAAUCUCAUUUAACCAUGGAAGCUCUGCACUCCUCCUUUCUGUGCUCCAUUCCCUUGAAAACCCCAUCUUCUAACUCCUCCAAGAAACCCAAUUUCAAACGCACCAAAUUCUCAUGUUCCCUCAGGCCAGACCCAUGGACCCUGAGCGACGGCAACGACAAGAACCUCAACAAGCCGAAACCCAGGUCCAAGAAUCCCAAAAACCCACUCUCGGACGACAACGCGCGUCGCAUAAUCAAAGCCAAGGCCCGUUAUUUAAGCGUGUUGAGGCGCAACCAGGGCUCACAAGCUCAGACCCCCAAGUGGAUCAAGAGGACUCCGGAGCAGAUGGUGCAGUACUUGGAGGACGAUAGGAAUGGUCACUUGUACGGGAAACAUGUAGUCGCCGCCAUUCGGAUAGUUCGGAGCCUUUCUUCUAAGCCUGAUGGGUCGUAUGAUUUGAGGAAAGUAUUGGGUUCUUUUGUUGCCAAGCUUACUUUCAGAGAGAUGUGUGUUGUGCUGAAAGAGCAAAGGGGUUGGAGACAAGUCAGAGACUUUUUUGCUUGGAUGAAAUUGCAGUUAAGCUAUCGGCCUAGUGUGAUUGCAUAUACAAUUGUUCUCCGGGCGUACAGCCAAGCAGGGAAAAUUGGACUUGCUGAACAGACCUUUUUGGAAAUGGUUGAAGCAGGAUGUGAACCAGAUGAGGUUGCUUGUGGCACGAUGUUAUGUGCCUAUGCUAAAUUCGGGCAUCACAAAGCUAUGAUGUCGUUCUUUUCUGCUGUACAACAAAGGGGGAUAACUCCUCCUACUGCAGUCUUCAACUUUAUGCUUUCUUCUUUGCAGAAAAAGGGACUCCAUGAGAAUGUUAUCUGUAUAUGGAAGCAUAUGGUCGAUAAAGCAGUUGUUCCCAGUCGUUUUACGUAUUCAAUUGUUAUUGCCUCACUUGUGAAAGGUGGGCUUUUCGAGGAAGCAUUUAAAACUUUUAAAGAGAUGAAGUCUUUGGGAUUUGUUCCUGAAGAGGCAACGUAUAGCCUUCUUAUCAGUGUAAGUUCCAAGCGUGGCAACUAUGAUGAAUCUUGUGGUCUUUAUGAUGAAAUGUGCUCACAAGGAAUUGUUCCAAGUAAUUUCACAUGUGCUUCACUUCUGACAGUGUAUUACAAAAACGGGGAUUAUUCUAAAGCCCUUGCCCUCUUUGUGGAAAUGAAAAAGUAUGGAGUCACUGUAGAUGAGGUCAUAUAUGGUCUACUUAUCAGAAUAUAUGGCAAGCUGGGUCUCUAUCAAGACGCACAAGAUACUUUCGAUGAGAUUGAGAAACUGGGCAUGCUUAGUGAUGAAAAAACAUAUACAACUAUGGCGCAAGUUCAUCUGAAUGCUGGUAAUAUUGAGAAAGCCUUGCAAAUAAUGGAAGUGAUGAAGUCAAAAAACAUCUUACGUUCAAGAUUUGCAUAUAGUGUCUUGUUACAGUGCUAUAUCAUGAAGGGAGACUUGUCCUCUGCUGAAGUUGCAUUUCAGACUCUAUCGAAGUUUGAACUUCCUGAUUGUAUUUCUUGCAAUAAUAUGCUCAAUUUGUAUCUGAGACUGGGAUUAACUGAAAAAGCGAAGGAUUUUAUCCUCCGUAUAAGAAAAGAUCGGGUAGAAUUUGAUGAGGAGCUCCUCAGGAGUGUUAUGAAGGUUUAUUGCAAGGACGGAAUGGUAAGAGAUACAGAGAAAUUGUUAGAAGAGCUAAGUACAAGCAAGAUAUUUGGUUGUGCAAUUGUGCAAACACUCCUGAUGGUCAUACAGGGAAAGGACAGAUUGUCUGAAGCCAAAAUUACUUCUAAGCCCUUAGAUCAGCCUAGUUAUAUGGCAUUUGAGCUGAGCCUAACCCUGACACUAGCAGAUGGGAAUAAUGCAAUGGUGCAAGAGAUAUUGGAAAUAUUGCUCAAGGCUGCAAAUGGCUUGUCAAUAGUCAGUAAAGUUGUGAAGAUUUUUGCCAAAGAAGGUGACAUAUCAAAAGCAGAGAAUCUUCUUGAGCUGUUAAUGAAGCUAGGCUACAAACCCGAGGAUUCCGCUAGUGCAUCUAUGAUCAGUUUGUAUGGAAAGCAACAGAAGUUGCGACAAGCUGAACAAAUCUUUGCAACAGUAGCAGACUCUGCAAGAAAUAAAACGCUUCUAUAUGAUUCCAUGAUUGAUGUGUAUAAUAGAUGCAAUAAACACGAGGAAGCAUAUUUUUUUUACAAGGAAGAAAUUAAGAAAGGGCAUGUUAUGGGUCCAGUCGCUCUUAGCAUGCUUGUGAACGCAUUGACUAAUUGUGGAAAAUAUCAGGAAGCGGAGGAUGUCAUCCAUAGCACUUUUUGUGCCAAUUUUGAGCUUGAUACCGUGGCAUAUAAUACAUUUAUCAAGGCAAUGCUGUCAGCAGGCAAGUUAGAGGACGCAACCAGCAUUUAUGAACGCAUGGUUUCAUUGAAGAUCGAUCCAUCAAUUCAGACAUAUAGCACUAUGAUCAGUGUGUAUGGACGGGGUAGAAACUUGGAUAAAGCUAUGGAGAUGUUUAACAUGGCUCGAAGCAGGGGGAUAGCUUUGGAUGAAAAGGCCUAUACCAAUUUGAUAAGCUAUUAUGGAAAGGCCGGGAAAAUUGAUGAAGCAUCAAGUCUAUUUAGCAAAAUGCAGGAAGAAGGGAUUAAACCUAGUGAAUUGUGCUACAGCAUUAUGAUCAAGGCAUAUACUUGUGCUGGAGCUUAUGAUGAAGCCGAGGAAGUUUACUAUAGCAUGCAGAGAAAUGGUGCUCAACCUUGCUCGUAUCCGAGCAUAUACAAUGGGGAUGGGGUCAAAGUACGACGGCAAGGCGGAAAAGGCUAAUGCUUCAAUGCAAAAUGAAGGAAGGUGUGCCCCCCACAUUAUGUGUGCUCAUUUUAAUGCCUUUUUAUUUGCUUUUGCCAAAAAGGGAGGGGCAUUGGCAUGGAGGAAGGCCAGAGAGAAUUAGUGGGUGUGAUAGGUUGAUUAUGCAUUUGUACAAGGCAGCAGAACAGAGCAGAGCAGGCAUGGAGAUGGAACUCAAAGCUGAACCGGUUUUGGGGUGUAUCGAACACAGUGAUUAAUCUCAUCGCUGAAUUGUGGCUGUUUCAUACCCAAGGAUCGAUCCCUCAACGUUUGGUUAAGGAUGAAUGAACGAGUCUAUUUCACUCAACGACACCCCAGGUUACUCAUAUCCAUGUAUAUAAAUACAAUACAAACAUUUCAAAACUACCCAAUUUGGGUUUGGUUGUUCCUUGUACAUUCUUUUGGACCAACUGGAUUACCAUUCCAAUCACACACUCUCACCCUCUCUUUUGUUUCUAAAUUUUUGUUUAUCAAUGUACGUAAAUACUAAACUGUAUAUACAUUAUAUGUACUUCCAUUAACACUUUUCAAAUUGAA